GACAACAACAAUAAGACUCGUUAUAAUUCUCUAAAAAUAAAUUCGCAUCUAGCAUGAUAAAAUUUUACGAUGCAGUCGCGUUAAAGAUAUCAUCCACAAAGGAGGUACAUUGCAGGUGCAAUUCAUCAAAACAAUGACAAAUUUCAACGAAUAUCCCAUAAUUGGCGUUUUAGCACAAGAAACUUCUUACCAACUUGAAAAAUGUUAUCCUGGCAGAUAUAAAAGCUUCAUUGCUGCUUCUUAUGUGAAAUUCGUAGAAGGUGGAGGGUCUCGUGUAGUUCCCAUUUUCAUCGGCAAACCCAAACAGUAUUACGUUGACAUCAUGCAAAAAAUCAACGGAAUUUUAUUUCCUGGUGGAGCAACUUAUUUCGAUGUGUCAAACGGAUAUUCAGAUGCUGGAAUGUACAUCUACGAAAUUGCCAAAGAAAUGAAUGACCGCGGUGAAUAUUUUCCUUUGUGGGGCACAUGUUUGGGUUUUGAACUGCUCACAUAUGUCGACUAUGGAAGAAUCGAGCAUCGAACGGACUGCAGUUCACAUAAUCAACCCUUAAAUUUGGAAUUCAAACAAAAUUUUCGGGAAAGUAAACUUUUUUCUAAUGCACCAGAGGAGAUUCUCAAAGAUUUGAAGGACAAACCAAUUACUUACAAUUAUCACCAGUAUUGUGUGACAGAAAAAACUUUAUGCGAAACUGGAUUAUCGGGAAAUUGGAGAGUCAUGUCGACGAAUAAAGACUGGGACGGAUUGGAAUUUAUCUCAACAAUGGAACAUUUCAAAUAUCCCUUUUAUGGUGUGCAAUUUCAUCCAGAAAAACAUCCUUACGAGUGGAUUAGGGACCGUAAUAUUUCGCAUACAAAGGAAGCGAAUAGGGCUGCUCAGUAUUUCGCGGAAUUUUUCGUCGACGAAUGUAGAAAAAGUCGAAAUUGCUUCUCGAAAGGCGUGAAAGAGGAAAAUUCUUACGUGAUUUAUAAUUUUCCGGCAACUUUUACUGGCAAAGAAAAGUCUGUUUAUGAGCAAUGUUACUUAUUUGACGAAAACGUCGACUAUAGACGUGUGGAAUUUACCGUUAGUGAAAUUUUAGGCAUUGGAAUUAUUUUAAUGCAUGGACUUAGGACUUUAUAUAAUGCUCUGUGAUAAAAUUUUAUUAAAAAAAAAAUAUAUUUUAAUA